GUAGGGGGUGGGAAGUUGCUUUCGUCUGAAUCUCUCUCCCAUCUCGCAGUCACACAACACAAAUCACAGUACGCAAAAAUCAAAAUCAAAUAGACGUCAAAAACAACCACCACCACCACCACCACCACCACCACCACCACGAAAGACAACGACGACCGACGACCGACGACAGAAUGUAAAAAUCUCUCUCUCUCUCUCUCUCUCUCGUUCGAAAGCCGGAAUAGAGAAGGGAGGGGAGGGAGGAAGCUGCAGAACAGAAGAGCAAGAGGAUAUCUACCUCCGGUUGGGCCUUUCCUUUCCUGUAAGCUGGCUGGCUCCUCAUCUCACCUUGCUAGCCUGGUUUGCAAUUAUUAAUUAAAGGGCGGGCAGAUGGCAUCCGCGGUGGCCAAGAUGCUCAAUGAUACUUUGGAUUGGAUUACUUUAGCUUUAGAUGUCCCUUCUGCACGCGCCGUCAUCUUCGGCGUCCAAAUUGGCGGGCAUCUCUUUGUGGAGGCUCUGCUCCUGGUGGCGAUCUUAUUCCUACUCUCCCAGAAAAGUUACAAACCUCCCAAACGGCCGUUGACUGAGAAGGAAAUAGAUGAUCUCUGUGAUGAAUGGGUUCCCGAACCCCUUAUCCCUACUAUUGCCAAAGACAUGCAGUAUGAGCCACCAGCAUUUGAAAGUGCUGCAGGUCCACAUGCAAUAGUCAAUGGUAAAGAAGUUAUCAAUUUUGCAUCUGCAAAUUAUCUGGGGCUAAUUGGGCAUGAAAAGUUACUUGAUUCUUGUAUAUCUGCAUUGGAGAAAUAUGGUGUUGGUUCCUGUGGUCCUCGUGCAUUUAUUGGAACGAUUGAUGUCCAUCUUGAUUGUGAGGCCAGAAUAGCAAACUUCUUGGGAACUCCGGACUCCAUUCUCUACUCUUAUGGACUCUCGACCAUGUUCAGUGCCAUUCCAGCUUUUUGUAAAAAGGGAGAUGUCAUUGUGGCGGAUGAGGGUGUGCACUGGAGCAUCCAGAAUGGUUUACACCUUUCUAGAAGCACGGUAGCGUAUUUCAAGCACAAUGACAUGGACUCUUUGAGAAGCACAUUGGAUAAAGUCACAGCUGGGAACAAGCGGGCUAAGAAAUUGCGUCGUUAUAUAGUGGUCGAAGCUGUAUAUCAGAAUUCUGGGCAAAUAGCUCCCUUGGAUGAGAUCAUCAGAUUGAAGAAGUAUCGGUUCCGUGUCUUGCUGGACGAGAGUAAUUCAGUCGGCGUCCUUGGAUGUACUGGAAGAGGUCUGACUGAGCAAUUUGGAGUUCCAGUGGAGAAGAUAGAUAUUAUAACAGCGGCAAUGGGGCAUGCAUUGGCCACAGAGGGAGGAUUCUGCACUGGCAGUUCUAGAGUCAAUGAUCACCAACGACUGAGUGGCUCUGGGUAUCUCUUCUCUGCAUCUUUGCCUCCAUACCUAGCGAGUGCUGCAAUUACUGCCAUCGAUAUCCUAGAAGAAAAUCCCAGCCUGAUAAGAAAGUUGAAGGAAAACAUUGCGUUGUUAUGGAAAGGACUCUCGGACAUACCGGGACUUUCAUUGGCGAGCAACCCAAAAUCCCCCAUUGUUUUCCUCCGGCUGAAGAAGCCAACAGGUUGUGCGAGAAAUGAUCUCCAGCUUCUCGAAGAUAUUGCUGCUUAUGUGUUGAAGGAAGGUUCCAUCUGUGUGGUGGCUUCCAAGAGAUCAACGCUCGACAAAUGCCGUCUCCCCAUGGGAAUCAGGUUGUUCGUUUCAGCUGCACAUUCAGAAUCUGACCUUAGGAAGGCUUGCGAGACGCUUUGGAGAGCUGCAGCACGUAUCCUCGAGGAAAAUACUAAGUGAGGUUCAUGCACUUCCGCUUUCGCACAUAAAUUUCUGCAGCUGUUGAGUGGAGUGGAGCGGAGUGAUAUUUUUUUUUCUUCUUGUGUGAAAUGAAAUAUUUUGGGUUAAUGUAUUUUUAUUCAGAAAAUUUAAGCGGCUAAGUGAGUCAUUUAUAUAUUUGGUAGGGGGUUAUGGGCUGCUGUUUGUAUAAUAUAGUAUAAUAUAUGUAGCAUAAUAUUUAAUUGUAAUUUUUUUUUUUUUGUUUUCCGGCUAAUCUUCUAGUUUUUUCUCUC